UCCUUGAUGAUGCUAGGAGUGUUGUUAGGUUGUGGUCGAAGAUGGGUACUUUGCAUCAUUGUUCUCCUGGUGUGGUCUUUCAACAGCCAUCAGAAACCCUUGUACCACUUCUUUGUUCUCUCGUUGAUUUGCUGGCGAUGAAGGGCUGCUUUGAGCUUCAGUUUGAGCAGUGCAAGCUUAUCAUAAUGAUAUGGAAGCAAGAAAACUUACCCCUAGAAAAGUUAUUCUCCAUGUUAUUUAUCAAUGGACGCCUUAAUCAUGCAUGUUGUCAUCUCCCAAUGGACCAGAAAUUUGUUUCUUAUGUGGCACAGAAUCUUGGUGUUGAUUGCCACAGUAUGAUAUUUUGGAGAAACUGUUUCAAAGAAGAUUACCCUUCUCUUACUAUCUUGCUUCAGCGGUUGUGGCCAGUUGAUUUCUUUUCUCAAUCAUCUGGACACUCCUUUGGAAAUCAGUUAGGUUUUAAUGCUAGUGUUGAUGAGAUUCAUAAAGUUGCAUCAUCUCUGGUUUCUGAAGGUCCUUUGAGUAAUCAAUCAACCUAUUUGGCUGGCUGUAUAUACUAUGAUUUGUCAGAAAGACUUCUGUCAAGAGGACAAAUCUCCAGGUAAUCUGUUUCUCUCUCGUCAAUUUACCUUGGUGGAAAAUCUCCAGUUAUUAUGAAAUUUGCUUGACUGUGGCACUGCUCUAUAGUUUAGCCUCCCUGUAAUUAGAACACCCUUUGUUGUAUUUUUGCAGGCCAUUUCAUAUGGAACAGAAGCCCUCCAAUUGCGCAAGAAGCUCCUGAAAAAGAAGUUCAAAUUUAAUUUGGGCAAAUUUGUAAGCGGGCAACACUGGUGCGCGUCGGUCCUAAACAAACGUUUUUUUUACCCCUGUCCGUGACGGCAUUUGGAACCGUCAUCA